AUGGCUUUGGGUUGCAUGUUAGCUCAGCUCGAUGAUUCAGGGAAGGAGCGAGUCAUUUAUUAUUUGAGUAAGAGAAUGCUAGAAUAUGAGUGUAGAUAUAUUAUGAUUGAGCGCCUCUGUUUGGCAUUGGUUUGGACCACUAGGAGACUGAGACACUAUGUGAUAGAGUAUUCCAUAUUAUUUGUCUCACGAUUGGAUCCACUGAGAUAUUUAUUUGACAGGCCUGUUCUGACUGGCAAGCUCAUGAGAUGGUUGGUGCUGCUUACAGAGUUUGAUAUUCGAUAUGUCACGCAAAAAUCAGUGAAGGGAAGUAUUGUUGCAGAUCAUUUGGCUUCUUUGCCAGUAUUCGAUGAGAGACUGAUCGACAACGAUUUCCCAAAUGAGCAGUUUGUUUCAGUGGCUAGUAUUGCAGGAUGGCAAUUGUAUUUUGAUGGUGCCACCAAUCAGUCGGGGUUUGGCAUUGGUAUCCUAUUAAUAUCACCACAGGGCGAUCAUAUUCCAAGAUCAGUUCGGUUGACGUUUUCUGAUCAUCGCCAGCUAACGAAUAAUAUUGUUGAGUAUGAGACUCAGGGUAUUUGGAGGACUCGAGAUGAGAAGUUGAAGCCUUAUCAUGCAUAUCUGGAUUUAUUGGUUGAUAGGUUUGAUGAAUUGAGAUAUAUACACCUACCCAGAGCAGAGAAUCAGUUUGUUGACGCUUUAGCCACCUUGGCUUAUGUGAUUGAGAUCCCUGUGGGGGUGUCUAUGCGACCAUUGCUGGUUGAGACUAGGUCUGCACUAGCUUACUGUUGUCUGAUUGGAGAUAUUGAGGAUCAGGAUGAGCUACCCUGGUAUCAUGACAUUUAUCAGUUUCUGGCAUGUGGCACACAUCUUGAGGCUUCUACAGCCAAGAAUAGGAGAGCAUUGAGGUAG